AUGGGCGAGGACAUGCACGUCAACGCGACCGUACCAGAAAAGAGCCGCCCACGUCAUGGGAACGAGUCGGAAGAGACCGACGUCGAACAGACACCGUCCGCGCUGCCUAAGCUCGACGAUGUACCGCCCGAUGGGGGAUAUGGCUGGGUCUGCGUGGCGUGUUGUUUCUUCAUCAACGCACACACCUGGGGAAUCAAUUCCUCGUACGGGGUAUUCCUCUCGUACUACCUGAACAACGAUUAUUUCCCCAACACAUCCGCUCUGACCUAUGCCUUCAUUGGCGGUCUCUCGAUAUCCCAGGCCAUGCUGGUCGCACCGCUGGCCACGCGCAUCAUCCACCUCUUCGGCACACGGACGUGUCUCCAUCUUGGCGUCUUCUUCGAGACCCUCUCCCUCAUCGGCGCCAGCUUCUGCAAGGUAAAGUACCAGAUCAUUCUGGCCCAAGGAUUCUGCUUCGGCUGGGGCAUGGGCUUCCUCUUUGUUGGGUCCGUCGGCAUCAUGGCCCAGUGGUUCACCAAGAAACGCAGCCUCGCAAACGCCAUCGCCGCCGCCGGCUCCGGGUGUGGUGGUCUGAUGUACUCGCUCGUCACCCAGCGCGUGAUCGACAAGAACGGCCUGCCCUGGGCUUUCCGCGUCCUAGGCAUCUGUGUCUUCGCGGUCAACUUGACCGCCGCGAACCUGAUCCGCGACCGCAACAAGCAGACGGGCUCGCGCCACAAAUCGUUCGACCUGAGCCUACUUCGCAAGCCCGAAUUCCUCCUCCUGCAAGGCUGGUCCUGGUUCAGCAUGUUCGGAUACACCAUCCUCCUCUUCUCGCUCCCGGCGUACGGUCGGUCCAUCGGGCUCAGCGCACAGCAAAGUUCCGUGUUAGGCGCCGUCCUCAACGCCGGCCAAAUGGUCGGCCGCCCCUUCAUCGGCCUCUCCUCAGAUCGCUGGGGCCGCAUCAAUCUCGCCACCUGCCUCACCCUGCUCUGCGGGAUCCUGUGUUUCGCGCUCUGGAUCCCCGCCGAGACCGUCUCCUCGCCCAUGGGCCUGCUCUGUUUUUUCGCCGUCGUCGGCGGCGCCACCGCCGGGGUGUACUGGGCGACCAUUGCGCCCGUCGCCGCCGAGGUGCUGGGCCUGCAAGACCUGCCCGCCGGGUUGAGCUGGACGUGGCUGUUGAUCGUCCCGCCCACGACCACCGCCGAGGCCAUCGCCCUCGAACUGCGACGCAAGGACACCACCAGCUGGAUCUACCUCCCGCCCCAGCUCUUCACGGCCUUCAUGUAUAUCGGCGGGGCGGUGUGCUUGUGGGUCGUCCGCGGGUGGAAGGUCGGGGACAUGCAGUGGCAGGCCAAGGUGGCCCGAGAACGGGAACACCGAGAACAGAGGGCAGUGUUGGAUGAAAAGCCGCCAGGCAGGACAGUCGAGGGAUCAAGUCCUGAGGUAGACGAGGUGGAGAUGAGCAAGUUUCGCGCAGGGCAGAUAUGGGGGCCGACGAAUCUGUUGAGAAACAUGACUCGGUGGAAAGUCGUUUGA